UCCAGAAACAGUAUCCCUGCUUCGUCUACCAGACAGUCCUCUCGUUUUUUCUUUUGCAGUUUGGUGAGGAAUUUGACAGCUGGCCAUCCUAAUACGCCGAAGGAGACAAGCGACUUCUCCCAUUGAUUUGGGGUUCAAUGGAAAAUUUUGAUCAUCGAUUUCAACGAACUGAUCAGUGGAUGCCUGUUUAUUCCUGGUUAGAGUCUCUAGACACGGAUGAGGUGAUUAAAUCAAAGGAAAUUAUAGACUGGCUUACUGCAAAUCCUGAUGUGAGAGAACAAUUAAAUUCAAGGCAUUCACGUUACCAUUUGAUGCAUUACAUUAAAAAAUGCCACAUGAAAAUUCUAAAGAGGAAGGAGAAGAAGAAGGGACCAGAAUUCACCAACAACAUGUCUUUGUCAGAAGCUCAGGAAAGUGAAAAAGUGAAGAAAUUUGCUCCUCCACAAAUAGCAGACAACAAUUUGAGCACCCUGCCAAAGGACAGUGAACUCUACAAAGCAAAGCAAACAGAAGCUCGGCAAAAAUAUGAGAUUCUAGUAGAGUUGGAGAAACAACUUUUGAUGCACUUGCCAAAGCCUGAAAACAUAGGCAGCUUAAGAGAAAACUGAUCAUUGCAUGGCCAACAUGCAUGGAUUUCAAGUUGUUUUACACAUUGAGAUUGUGAAAAGAUCAGGCCUGAUCCAACUCGGUAGACCAAGUAACGACUAUAGUUACUUUGACAGGAGGUGCAGCUUAGUUUGCAAAUCCAGUUUUGCUGAUCCUGAAGCUUGUAUCAUCACUUCUGCAAAUCCCCAUAUUGGCAUAUAGAAAUUACUAGUAUUAGAAACUAAAUCCUUUGUAAUUGGCUUCUGCUCCCUAUCCCACACUUCCCCUUUCUUUCACUCUCAGUGUCCUUAGACCUUUUUGUGAAAUAUCCUUGAUUUUAUGGUAAUGUAAAGAAGUAUGGAAUCUGAAGUCGGCAAUUAGUUCAUCUGCCAAUUCUCAUUUGUAUAAAGUAAGUCUUGCUUGUUUUUAAUGCCUCACAAAUAGUGGAAUGAAAGGCCUCCAUCAUUUGCUUGUUUA